AUGGAUUCUCGCUCGUCGCCCGUCGUCGCCGAGUCUCCCGGCGACGAUUCCGCCUCGCCAAUCCAUUCGCUAUCCGACGAUCUUCUCACCUCCAUCCUCCGCCUAGUCCUCUCCGCCAAUCCCACCGCAUCCGUUACAACAUCCGAUACAAGCACCGGCGAUUCUCGCCCGUCCUACCAGGCGGCUCUCGUCUGCAAGCGCUGGUCCCGCGUCGCGCCUCUCGCGCUCACCUCCCUCACAGUCCUCUCCGCGUCUUCCGCCGCCUCCCCCGCCGCCUCCUUUUCCCCCAAGCGCGAGCUGCUCUGCCGCCGCCUCGAGCUAGCGCUGCGCAAGUUUCCGAACCUGACUCGCCUGCACCUCGACAGCCACACGAUCGACUUCAUCGACGAUCGCUUCUUGCGCGCCCUAGGCUCGGCAUGCCCGAACCUGACGUACCUCUUCCUGGGAAAGGUUCGGCUGCCAGUUCGGCCGCCGCUCGUCGACGCGGUGAGCGAGACGGGCCUCGCGAGCGUUUUUCGCAGCUGCCGGCGGCUCGAGAAUGUGAGCGUGCACUGCGCGCCGAACAUCAAAUCGCUCCCCGCGUCGCUCCUCGAUCUUUCCGCGCUGCACCUGCUGCAGCUCGAAGCGCCGAGUUUAAAGCUCUUCCCGGAAGUCUCCCGGGGGAGACUAAGCACGCUCCGCGAUUUGCGGCUGCUGUCGUGCAACGCGCUGCCGUGCCUGCCGGACUGUCUGGGCGACCUCGCGGGUCUCACGCAUCUGCGCAUCGAGAAAUCCGACAAUCUCGAGCAGCUGCCGGACUCGUUAUGCGACCUGCAGCUGCUCGACGUCCUCGCUAUAAGCUCCUGCUACUGGCUCACGUCGCUGCCCGACGAUCUCGGGCAGCUGCCGUGCCUGCGCGUGCUCGAAUUGGACGGCUGCGGGGGAUUGCUCGAAUUGCCCUGCUCGCUGCCGCAGCUCCACUCUCUCGAACGACUCGUUAUAAGCCGAUGCGGUAACCUUACACUCCUGCCCGAAGACAUUGGGCAGUUACCACUCUUACGCGAAUUGGAAAUCAGCAAGUGCCAUCGCCUCGUCGGCCUCCCGCCCUCCCUGUCGGACUUAGCCCAGCUCCAGUUCCUGGAAGUUUCCGACUGCACGCGUUUAGAGUCCCUUCCCGACGACUUAGGCCGUCUAUCUGUCCUUAGAACCCUGCGCCUCGCCUCGCUUCCUAAUCUCACCUCUCUGCCCGAAACCCUAGACCAGCUGACCUUUUUACGAGAGCUCCAAUUAGAAGAGAUAGACAAUCUUUUGGGCCUGCCCGACCCGGUAACGAGCCUCGGGCAGCUGGAAAAACUCGUUCUGGGGCUGUCCUGCUCGCCGAGUCUGCCCGAAUCCGUAGGCGCGCUGACCCGUUUGAAAGAGCUGCAGCUGCGACACUGUAAGGGGUUAACGAGUCUGCCUAUAGCGAUGCGCGCGAUGACGCGGCUGGAGCGGCUGGCGGUGGAGGAGUGCUGCGAGCUGGUGGCUCUGCGCCUGCCGGAAGGAGAGGCCGUGGGUGCUACUGGGAGGGAUGGGGGAGGGCAAGCAAAAUCAAGAUUCAAAGAAGAGGGAGGGGUAGCCGAGCAGGUGGAGGAAAAGCAGCGGCAGGAGCAGAAGGAGGGGGAGCAGGGACAGCAGGGCUGCACGUCCCUUCGCGCCCUCCCCGCAUCUCUGACUGCCCUGGCUGAGCUAGAGCGGCUGGUGGUAACCAGGUGCACCGCGUUACAGUGGGCGCCGGGGAACGUGGCGCGGAUGCAUGGGCUGCGGGAGCUGAGGCUGGAUGGGUGCAGAACGGUGCUGCUGCCGCCGUCGCUGGCGUGCUUGGGCCGGCUGGAGAGGCUGGUUGUAGUGAGUAAUGGGUGUAGUGGGAGCGGUGUAGGGGCGGGGGAUGAGGUGGGGCCGGGGAUGGGGGUGGAUAUGGAUGGUAGCAUGAAUGGUAGCAGCAGCAGCAGCAGCAGCAGCAGCGGGAGUGGACACGGGUGUGUGACAACCAAGGAAGGUGCCUCUGACAUUUGUCGCACUCAAGAUAGUGCUGCUGUGGCUGGUGCUGUCAUGCUUAGUUCAACAACGGAUGGCUCUAGCGCUGCCGCCAAUGCCACUAGUCCCUUCUCCUCCUUCCUCCCCUCGCCGCCCCUGGCUCUCCCCCCCGGCAUGGGCCAGCUGGCGCAGCUGAGGGAGCUGGAGGUGAGCGGCUUUGACUCCCUCUCCGCCCUGCCGCCCUCCCUCGCCUCCCUCUCCCGCCUCACCCGCCUCUGCCUCACCGGAUCCCUCAAACUCGCCUCCCUGCCUGACCUUCCCUGUGGUCCGGUUGCUGCUGGUAAUGAUUCCUGCUGCUGCUGUGGUUGCCCCUCCUCCUCCUCCUCCUCCUCCUCCUCCUCCUCCUCCUCCUCCUCCUCCUCCUCCUCCUCCUCCUCCUCCUCCUCCUCCUCCUCCUCCUCCUCCUCUUCCUCCUCGUCCUCCUCCCUCCUCAUAGCCCCUUCCCGCACUGCCCCCAACGGCACCUUCUUCCUCCAUCUCACCAACCUACGAGACCUGCAGCUCGAUUCCUGCCUCUCCCUCUCCUCUCUCCCCUCCUCCCUCUCCUCUCUCUCCUCCCUCAACCGCCUCCACCUCGCCUUCUGCUCCUCCCUCUCCGCCCUCCCCCCACACCUCUCCUCCCUCUCCCACCUUCGCUCCCUCAACCUCCAAGAGUGCAUCUCCCUCACCUCGCUCCCCCCCUCCCUCUCCUCACUCGUCCGCCUGGAAGGGCUUUACCUCAAGGGGUGUAUCCAGCUGAAAAGCCUUCCGGGCGACAUUGGGUAUUUGCCGAGGCUAAGGGAAUUGGAUUUGAGGGACUGUGAGGGGCUGCUGGCACUGCCGGGGUCAAUCACCCUCCUUACGGGGCUCAAGUGGUUGGAUAUAUUUGGGUGUAGUAGUUUGGAUAUGGAGUCGGUCCCUGCAAGGAUAGGCCAAGCCACGAUCUAUCGGAGCUAG